AAUUUUUGCUGACCUGUAUUGCAGAGGAAGGAGAUGAUGACGCCUUCUUGCACAAUGCGGCAACACUUCCAAAAGGAGCCAAGCCAAGCGACAUGCGCAUGUCCCUGCCAGUGGACGAAGAUGACUACCUGAUGCCUUCACCACGAUCCAAGGGCCUCUCCACCACUUACAUGGACUUGAUCGGGGACAGUCGCUACUCAAACGGUGUUGAUGGCCUCGAUCCUCGUCUUCAGGGCUACGGAGGCUUCAUGCCCGACUUUGUUCCUCCCAACGGCCAGGCACCGCUCCAGGGUGUCGACAACAUUGAGUACCACCUCAUGAACAACCGCAACGGGCCGGCUCAUCCGUUGGCAAUGCAAAUGCCUCGUGACCCGGGUCCCCAGUACGUCAAUACCUGCCCCCUGGGUUCUCCAAACACGGUGGUCCCUCCUCAGCAGCCCGGUGUGGUGACCCGCAAACAGCACAGCUCCGACGAAGACACCGACGACCACGAGUAUUACAACGACUACGACCGACUCAAGCGGGAACUUCAGCCGCUCAACCAUCGUAGCCGGAGUGAAACGACGGUCUAGUGACAAUGCUCCAAGCUGUGCGCGUGACAGAAACUUGUUGCUGCAGUCGUCUCCAGUUGUAGCCAGGCUGGCUGUGGGAAAGCUACUGCGUCUCCUUUCAUGUUGAGGAAGCAGACUCGGUCAAGUCAAACUGUCUCUGCUGGAUAUGGCAUGUAGACAAGAACCAAAGUUGGUGCGCAGGAGGCAUCUGAGAAGUUGCUAUUUUCAUUAUUCAUUUCACUUCACCUAUGUGAUCAAUGUUGCUGGCAAAAUUUUGAACGUACAAACUUUUUUUGGCAGGACACUGAAUUUUAUAUCUCUUCUGAAAAGACAUUGCAGUCUAGUUUGAAUCAGAUGAGAGAGAUAAUUUGCUUAGAAAGCCAUAAUAAAUUAAAUUUUUUAAGAAUCAACAGAGAAAUUCUCGUUACCAAAGCACUGUGACAUUUAUCACCCAGUGGCAAAGUGAAACUUCUCCAUUCUUCUAAGAAAAGUCUUCAGAGACUGCAGCUGUCGGCAGAACACAGAAAAAAAAAAAACCUUCAUGCAAAGCAUUGAGUGAUCUCAGUCGUCUCUCCUGAAAAAAGGCUUUCCGUUUGAAAGCAGCUAGCAGUGCGCAACGAGGAGCUCUGCAUCUGAGUGAAAGUCUUGCAUUUUGUUUCAACGCUAGCACCUUCCAUUGCCGCCUGCUUCUGGUCACGUCAAGUCACCUCGUCGAGGCUUCAGCAGUGAACGCAGACUGUGACCGGUGUUGACUGUGGGUUAUAUCAACCGAGGACUCUGGAGAGGCAAACGAAGACGCGUCACCGUGGGACCAGUUAUCAUUUCCAGGAACUUGAUAUUUCCCAUGUGCUAUUUAUUUUCGUGGAACACACACGAGACUGUGAAAAUGGAGCCAGGUGUCUUCAUUCAGGACUGUGCUUCCUUUUAAAAAGGUCACUAAAGUUUGGUGCAGUUUGAUGUACAUAUUAUACAUAACUCUCCCAUUUCUUUUUAUCUCCCCCCCCCCCCUCCUCCCUAUUUCUUGGAAGUGCGUACAUUUUUUUGUGAGCUGUGCCCAAAACAUUGCCACUGUAGUCUUUUAUUUGUCCUUUUUUUUGCAUGACCUUGCCACAUUGUGCUACUAAGGAGAGCCGUUUGUUGUGCCUACUGCCAUCCUGAAAUUACUGAGCUGUCUUUUUCGUUCCUCGUGGCUUGAUUAGCGCAUUGAUGUCUUCCGUGCCUAACGACAUCAGCGGGUGCAUGUAAUGCAUAAGCUUUCAGUAUUACAACUCAUCCGAGUGCCAUAAGACAUUGCUAUCACUUCACUAACUCGUGCAACAAUAAUUGGUUGACUCAUCGACUUCCUAUCGACACAACAAUCGCUUUGUAUAUGUUGUUAAGUUUCUAUGAACAUACUUUUUUAGCAAGGCCCGAGAAGAGCCUGCAUUUACAAGGACUUUAAACAUCAUUGCACAAGGUGUGUAGUGCCUGUGUGCAAAGAUUGGUCUGUUUGGGGUCAAAUUGCAAAUGAUGUCCUUUCACUACUGAAACCUGUAGCAGGGUUUGGUUUUGAUUUCCUCUUUCCUUUCAUGGAACAUACCUGGUGAUUACUACUCAAGCAGCUGAAGAGCAUGCUUGAAUCACUCCACUGGUUGUGAAUGUCUGUAAAGAGUGCAUUCUAAUUGUCGAAUGCAGACGGUGACUCAUUUUUACUUUUCAGUUACAUUUAAUACAGUCAUGGCACAUUUUAAAAAUCUGAGAUUGUGUUGAAUUGUGCCUUAUAUUUUUGUUUUUUACACAUACACAUCCUUGAAACUUCUGUUUUGUCGCAUGUGAUGCUGAAAUUGUUGCCAGAGUUUUACAAACAAUGGUUCCUGCAAGCAGAGGAGCAGAUAUUUUGCUUUAAGACAUUUUUUUAUGUUGAAUUGUUCCAAGUAAAGUACAACAGAAUAGAGGUGAAUUUGUAGGAGGGACCAAAACAGAUCAUUUCAGCAUAUCAUAUCAACCCUGUUGGCAGCAAAAGGCCAAUGCUACCAACAUUUCUAUUCUUUCCUUUCAGGUGCAGACUAAAUUCAUUGUAACCUAGACUCGUGUCCCACACUGCCUCGUGAUCAUUGUAACAGCAUUUGACUUGCCACAAUACUUUUUGAUCUUUACCUGUAUAUACGUACAUUUUAAAACUUCUCAACUGGCUUCAACAGGAAAGCUCUACUGAAUAAGCUCACCUCAUUAGGCUCAGCUAAGCUGCAUGUUUGCGCAUGUUAUGUAUGUAUUGUACAAAGUGUGUUUUACCAAUGAGUGUCAACUUCCCAAGUUUUACAUAGUCCUGUUAGGAGCAGUUUAGGGUACAUUCCUAGUGAGACUGCUCCCUAUGUGGGGUACCUCCGAAGAGUGGAAAAUUUUAAAGAUGAGAGUUGUAUUUGCUAUAUGGUACAUUAAUAAAAUUACUUCUCCAAUAAA